UAAUAGAAGGCAACUAUAUCUACAGUAACAAAGCACUUGUUUACUUUCCAGCUGAUUCUAUUCAAACAGACCAUUCAUAACAUUGGAUUACUAGGCAUGAUGGAGAACUUAAACAACGUCAGUGUUUUAGUUUACGGCUCUGCAAUCGUUGAUUUUAUAUGUUAUGUAGACCGUUUACCGAAAGCUGGUGAGACCUUGCUGGGCAGUAAAUUCUCAAAUGGAUUUGGUGGUAAAGGAGCAAAUCAGUGCGUUGCAGCUGCUCGUUUGGGUGCUCAGACCGCAUUGAUAGCUAAAGUUGGUGCUGACUCUUGGGGCGAAAAUUAUAUAAAACAACUUCAAAAAGAGGGUGUCAAUGUGAAUUAUGUACAGCAGUGUAAAGGACAAAGUACUGGCAUAGCACAAAUAGCUGUUUCUAACGAUGGAGAAAAUCACAUUAUUAUAGUGCCUGGUGCCAAUGAUUUUCUUGAUCAAGACAAUGUAACCGAAACACGCACUUUAUUUGACUCUGCCAAAGUGUUAUUGUGCCAAUUAGAGACUCCUCCAAGUGGAACUCUAAACGCUUUGAAGAGUUUUAAAGGAGUUUCCAUACUCAAUGCUGCUCCCGCCAUGGCAAAUACUCCCAAAGAACUGAUUCAAGCAGCUACCAUUUUAUGUGUCAAUGAAACUGAAGCUGCCCUUAUGACAGGUGUAGAAGCUAUAGAAACCAUUUCUGAAGCUAAAACAGCUGCUAUUAAGUUAAUUGAAAUGGGUGCUUCAACCGUUAUCAUAACUUUAGGUUCACAAGGUGCUAUAUAUAUGGAAAAGAGGGAACCACAAGUCUGUAUUCAUGUAGCAGCCCAUAAAGUAGAAAAGGUUAUAGAUACUACGGGAGCCGGUGAUGCAUUUCUGGGAGCCUUAGCCUAUCACAUAGAUAAGUACCCGCAAAAGCCAUUGCAUCAGCAUAUUGGUUAUGCCAAUUCACAAGCCGCCUACUCCGUGCAAUUUCCAGGAACGCAGUCAUCAUUUGCAAGUGCUUCUUUGUCGAACGACUGUAAAGAAUAUCACUACGAUAUUGUUUAAUUUUUUGCCAAUCCGAGGGAAACAAAGCUUUAAUAUUUUUAAUUAUAAAAAAAUCUAUAAAUUUAUUUGUUAACUUGGUUGAGGGACAAUUGCAAAUAAAUGCUAAAAUUUUGUGUUUUA